AUGGAUCUUCAUUCGCUAGACGAUAUGAUUCUUUAUGACUCUGACUCCGAUGAUGAGUUGGAGACAAUCGGGAUAGCUAUUAUGGAAGGGCAACGACUAGAAGCCAAUACUUCAUCAAGAUCACAGCAUAAUUCUAGUCAACGUCGCAAAUUCAUUUGGCGCAAUUCUUUGCAAGGUCACCAAAGACUCUUUCUAGAUUAUUUUGCUAAUCCACCAGUAUAUCCUUCCAAUGUAUUUCGGAGGAGGUUUCGAAUGGAACGUUCUCUUUUUCUCCGCAUUCAAUUUGGGGUAGAAGCUCAUGAAUCAUAUUUUGUCCAGAAAAGAAAUAGUACCGGAGUGCUCGGUUUAUCUUCCCUUCAGAAGAUGACUGCAGCACUUAGAAUGCUCGCUCAUGGAGUAGCAGCUGAUUUUAUGGAUGAAUACUUGAGGAUUGAAGAAAGUACCGCAAUGAAGAGAAGCAUUGAUUGUAUGCAUUGGACAUGGAAGAAUUGCCCGGCUGCAUGGAAAGGUAUGUAUACUGGUCACACCCAUGAACCAACAAUUAUUUUGGAAGCAGCUGCAUCAUAUGAUCUUUGGAUAUGGCAUGCAUUUUUUGGGUUACCUGGGUCCCAUAAUGAUAUCAAUGUACUAGAAAGAUCUACUGUAUUUACUGAGCUUGCUCAAGGGCGUGCUCCUUCAGUCAAUUACACCAUCAACGGUAAUGAGUAUACACUGGAAUAUUAUCUUGCUGAUUGUAUAUCCACCAUGGGCAACAUUUGUGAAAACAAUUCCAUGUCCACAAGGAAAUAA